AUGAAGAGCUUCCUCACUAUAGCGACUCUGGAGCAGCUCUACAAUCUUCUUUCGAAUAGAUUUAAUUCGAAACUUGCCCCACAGGAUGACGAUGAUGAGCACAGUGUACGAUUUCUGGUCGAACAUACCUCACCGACUACCUACCUCACUUUACCGGACAUAGGAAUGAUUAUAGAGAAACUGAUGGGGAACGCUUAUAAACACUACUACACCUCGAGAGUUUUCAAGAAUAACUACGAAAAGUUCCGGAAGAAAGCACAGGUACGUCUCUCAAUUGGUGUUUCUCUUGUGAAGAAGAGGCAAAAGAAAACACAGUGGGUUUCAGCUUCCGAUGCCCCUCCUGAUUUUGCUUAUCCGUUCAAUGAUCUCAUUCUAUGGGCUGUGCUCACAAGGCGACCUGAAAUGGCCAAAUGUAUGUGGCUUCAUGGAGAGGAUGCAAUGGCAAAAAGCCUUGUCGCUGCC